GGUAUCAUUUCAUUUUCUGACAAUUUGUGUUUCUUUCGUGUCUCUCACCUCUUCGAGUUUAGUUGCUGGCUUUCCUCGUCUGACAACCUGAUCUGGAUAUUCGUCGCUUUUGUGGCUUUCAUUGAAGUUGUGAGUUUAUGAUUAGUGCUGGUGAUUGUGAUUGGUAUUCCUGGACUACUUGCUGCUAAAGAUUUUUUUCUCUGAUCUUUAAAAAAAGAAUUAAAUAUGUAUGAUAUGACCUCACACAUCAUUUACUAUUUUCCUUUUCCUAUUUACUCACAAAAAAAUUUGGACGCAGCUGCUUUUUACAGGGAUGCUGGUCAAUUUUGACUAAGUGAUGGCCUUUAAUAGCGAGUAAAGCCUGUUGGUACAAAGUCUACACGGGAAAUAGAUAGCUUCAUACAUUCUCCAACUUUAACUACAUAGUAUGAGGAAAAAGAUUCUUCCCUUUCCUUGUUGAAGUUUUCUCACUGUUUCACACUGAUAUACCAAGAUAUGUUUUUUGCGCAAAAGUAACUCUUAAAAAACAUUGAACAAGAUGAAAGGAGCAGGAAGUUUAGGAGAUAUUAAAUUUAUGUGAUUUAACAUGAGGAUUCACUUUGCAUAGUUCAUUUAGUUCAGACACUUUAGUUCGCGAUUUCUUUUGCUCGAAGUCAGGGAAUCGAAGCUCAUAAUCUAGGUCCCACAGUUGGGAGUUCUAUUCCCUGUAAAUGACUCUUCAUCCCCAGCUAGUUACCAAACUAAUAACGUCUUUAGCAAGGAUCCUUUCUACUUUGGCUAUUCGACAACCAUAUCCUAAUAAUCAAUUUAUUUUUAUUGUAUUUUUCAGCUCAAUAUCUUGAUACUCGUACGAGUCAUAAAGGAGAUGAGCAAUUUGUCGCAGCCAACUGGGGAAGAGUAUCAUUCUCAGCAAAUACGGUAAUAUUCACAACCUAAACCUAAAACAAAAGAGUGGAAGAAGCUACCAUGUCCUCCUGUGAGGCUAUAUUCGCCUAACUUCCUCAUUCCUUAAUCAGUAAGGCCAUACGAUAUCUAAAAAUGAAAAUUCAUUGUCAAAGGAAAAUAAAGGAAUUUUCUCUUUUUCACUCCUAGAAUUAGCAUCAAAGCAUGCGUGGUAAUGAUUCCCCUCCUGGGUGUCACAUGGGUAUUCGGUCUCCUUUCGCCUGUACAUAAAGCUUUCGCUCACAUCUUCACCGUACUUAACUCUGCUCAGGUCAGUAUUCGAUGGUAAUACUCAAAAUUAUUCAAUCUCUAUCUUUAUUUUACUUUCUAACCAAGUGGGACACCAUUGCAGUGAUCACAUUUUUUUUUAAAUUUUAAUUUGAAAACAAAAAUGCAGUUAAGUAUGCAAGAGAAGACAGACUUCUUUUUCCAUUAUAAGAUAUGCAAUUUUCUUUCUUUCUUGGAAAUCUUAAUAGGUAUUUGACUGAUUUGUUUGUAUACUAUAAAAAUCAAUGAUCUUGAAAUCAUUUUUAUGCUGCAGGGUUUCCUGAUUUUCGCUCUACACUGCAUGCGAAACAGUCAGGUAAGUAAAACAUUAAACUGAUUAUCAACUCCAUAUCAUCAAGUUUUAUUGUUUCGAUAAAUAUCCGAGUACUAGUGCUAAGAACCAUAUUUCAUGUUGCUUGUCUAUCUGCAGAUCAGAGAGGGAUUCAAAGGAAAGAUGAAUAUCGUUUUUCCAUCUUCUAUAAAGAACAACUCCACAAGUAAGAGCUCACAGGUCAAUCCAAGUGAGGUUGGGGAUGUAUGGGCAGCUGAAAUGCAGUCUUGUGCUGAGUUUGAAUUGAAAUCGCAUGUAACUUAA